AUGGCCGCGAAAUCAGACGGUACAGCCGUUUCUUUGCAGAAUGACAUUCCGCCGGCGUGCCUCCCUGGGCUGGAGAAGCGCUCUCCCCAGUGGCGUUCCGUCUGGAAGGAGUAUUCGCUCCUGGACUGCUGCUGGACCCUCUGUGCCCUCUUGGUCUUUUUCUCGGACGGGGCUUCAGACCUGUGGCUGGCUGCCGACUACUAUCUCAGGCAGAACUACUUGUGGUUCGCUCUGACACUCGUUUUUAUCAUCAUUCCGUCUGUGGUGGUGCAGGUGCUCAGCUUCCGAUGGUUAGCGUACGACUACUCCGACGCCAACGGGAGCGGCACGGCUGCGGCUGCCAUGGUAGCGGCGUCCAAUGCGGAGAGCCACUUCAGCACCAAGGACAGCGAUCAGCGGGGCGCUGGCCGCUCCGCUGCGGUCACCGGAUCCCGGAGCAGCGCUGAGAGCUGCUGCAGAGUCUGCGUGUGGCUCUUCCAAAGCGUCGUGCAUGUUCUUCAGCUGGCACAGGUCUGGAGGUAUGUCCAUGUCUUAUAUCUGGGCGUGCAAAGCCGCUGGCGUGGGGACCAUGAGCACAAACACUUCUACUGGCGUACGAUGUUUGAGAACGCUGACAUCAGCAUGCUGAGGUUGCUUGAGACCUUCCUGAAGAGCGCACCUCAGCUCGUUCUGCAACUCAGCAUUAUGGUCCAGACCAGCCAGGUCCUCCCUUUGCAGGGUCUGUCUGCGUCCGCCUCUCUAGUGUCUCUGGGCUGGAUGAUGGCAUCUUAUCAGAAGGCAUUACGGGACUCUCGUGACGACAAGCUCCCCAUGUCGUAUAAAGCAGUGGUGGUGAACAUGCUGUGGCACCUGUUCACAGUGGGAGCCCGCGCCAUGGCCCUCGCCCUCUUCAUUUCCAUUUUCCAGCUCUACUUCGGCAUUUUCAUCGUGGCCCACUGGUGCGCCAUGACCUUCUGGAUCAUCCAAGGUGAGACGGACUUCUGCAUGUCCAAGUGGGAGGAGAUCAUCUACAACAUGAUGGUGGGCAUCGUGUACAUAUUCUGCUGGUUCAGUGUCCGUGAGGGCCCCACGCGGUGCCGUCUGCUUCUUUACAGCCUCAUAAUCCUGGCCGAAAAUGUGGCCCUCACUGCCGUGUGGUACAUAUACCGCAGCCAGCGCACUUCAGACUUUUACGCCGUGGUGGUGGUAUGCGUGGUGGCCUGUAGCUACGCCCUGGGCACAUUUUUUAUGUUUGUCUACUACUGUUUGUUGCACCCUGACGGCCCUGUGUCUGGGGCCUAUAUUGGAUGUUGCGACGUCCAGGUGGGUGCUGUUUCAGAUCCUUGUGUCUCAUCACCCACCUCCGCUCCUCCUCCUCUGGAUGCGGUGAGCAGCCCGCCGCGGACUCUGCAGAGGACUAAAGGAGGAGAGUCAGUACCAGGAGGAGACGUUGGAGAUGUGUUUAAGAUGCGGACCCUUAAGGCCUCACGAACCGCCGCGCCUCGCCUCAUUCCAAGGACAGAGGGGCCGGUAAUUCGCAUCGACCUUCCCAGGAAGCAGUACCCAGCCUGGGACGCCCACUUCAUUGAUCGCAGGCUGCGAAAGACCAUUUUGGUGCUGGAAGCCGCUGCUCCGGUCACUCCGAGGAUCCAGUACCGCUGUCUAGGCACACCGAAGGAAGUGAUGGAAUAUGAGACGACAGUCUGAAAUGUUUUACCUUCUCCAAAUAAAAGAUGUGGUAGUGUGCAGAAAAGUCAGUUCCGUCCAGCUUUAUUUGGUGAAGAGGAAGAGUUUGUCAGAUCUCCACAUGACCCCUUAUUGACUCUUGUCAUCUGUGGAAUCACAUGAUGCACUAGUGUCUAGAAAAGAGCCACCCUGUGGUGACAUUAGACAUAACUACGGGUUAUUGAGUUAGGAGGUUAGGCAGGGGUCUGACCAAAUGAAUGAAAGAAAGCAGUGAGGCCACGGUAAAUCUGUAAUGAGCAAAACGACAUAUCAGUGUGGUACAUUAACAGCAAUGGUGCUUAAACACAUCCUAAACACCGUUUCAGACCAUCCUAGGUGUUUUUAAAUCUCUCGUGGCAGCUGGCGUAAACAACAAAUACUGAAUUCACUUGGUCGUAAUUCUGUGGGUAUUGAGGUUGUAGUAGGUGCAAGUAAAAUGUGUGAGUUGUCUCAUUAAAGGCCUUAAGACUUUCUUACGUUUGGCUGUUUAGCAUCUGAAAGGUGCAUUUCACCCUGCUUAAACAUUAGUGAAUAUAUGAAAACAGUUUGUGUGUUAGAUAUUUGAAGGGUUGAGCUUCUGAUAAAAUCUAGGCAUUUUAUUAAGCACAGAAUAUGUUGCCUUCAAGAACAGGGAUCAGACUUUGCAAGAAACACUAUGUUUAAAAAAUAAACUGUUCACAGUUAUCAAGGUCUCUUUUCAAGACAUUUCCACUACAACUUUCAAGUGAAAAACUGCAUAUCACUGAAAAAUGUGGGAUUUUUUUUUUAAUGUUCUCAAAGGACAUUUGUGUCAUGAUGGAAAUAAUGGGUCUGAUGCUGAAAAAUGGCUGAGUGCACCUAUAAAGAGAAUUGAAUGAAUGUUAAUCUCAAGGACAAAGAACCCUGAUCAAACCGGUUUAUUAUAUGCCUGUAAUAGGAACGUAUGGUUAUACCACAGUAUUUCAAACAUGUCUAAGCUAACAAAGAUUACGAGCUCACAUUUUAAAGUACUUGUGUGACAGCUGAAGGGAAGAAAUUAUAUAGCAUAUGUUUACAUGUUUCAAAAUAGUUCUCUUUUUAGGAUUCAUGAAAAGUUACCAGCAUUAUGAUUAUGCCAUUUCAUCAUUUACAUAAUUUGGUGCAACAAUACUCACAAAUGUUUGGAUAGUGAACAUUUUGAUGGAUAUGAACAAAUCCAUACAGUAUCCUCUGUCUCUUUUAUUUAACAUUUAAAUUAAGGUAAUGAGACAUUUGGUCAUAUCAUCUAAUAUCAUCUACCAAUUGAUUAGAAUGUAUAUUUUUACUCUGAUCAAAACAAUAGCUGUCUUUUCUUUCUUUCUUUCUUUCUUUCUUUCUAAAACAAAGCAGUGACCCUGUUGUGUACAAAUGACUAAGAACAUAGUAUUUUGCAUUGAUUGCCUAUUGAGCUGUUGAAUAGAGAGAAGAUGAAUAAUCCUUGGGUUUGUGCAGUGUUUACUGAUAUCAUGUUAUUGCUAAGUCCAUUAACCCAUUGUAACUAUUUCACUUCUUGGCAUAAUCAUUACGUAUGUCCAUUUGUUAUCAUGUUGGUGCUAGCUGGAACACCUCAGCACAGCCAUGUAUGCUGUACUUUAUCCAUGUGGAUCAUACUCGUUCACUCUGGUUAAUGCUGGAUUCUACCGUAGACACGCUAAAGACGUUAAGCCUUACACUGCACCUGCAAGACUGUUGCUGUCGACUGUAAAAAGGAUGUCGAUCUUCAGCCAUGUGUUUUAUUUGGACAAUAAAGAAAGCAAAAUUGUGUGUUUACUGACCUGA